AUGGAAGCCUAUCGCGGAGAGCGACGAGGCUCGUACAUUUGGGGACGGAGUGUUCAUAAUGUCCGCAUCGAAAGAUUGUGGGUGGACGUGACUUCUCAAGUUGGUGCAGCUUGGUCAGAAGCUUUCUACAAUCUAGAAUUACGUCAUGGCCUCGACGUUAAUAACUCUAAUCACCUCUGGCUCCUCCAUUAUUUGUUCCUGCCACGGAUCAAUCAGGAACUCACAUUCUUUGCCCAAUCAUGGAGCCAACAUCAGAUCCGAAUCCGCGGUGGCCCUAACAGAUCCCCUGCAGAUAUGUUCUUUUUUGAUAUGUAUGUGCAUGGCGUUCGUGGUGACCAGUUAUUGUCUGUUGAUGAAGCAAUGCCUGAGGAUGAGUUGGAGGUGUUUGGCGUAGACUGGGAGGCACUUCGGGACGAUAACCUGGCCAAUCAUAUCCAAAAUCCUCGCCGCGAUCAAGGCGAUGGAGGCUCAUGGUUAGGUCGCAGUGGCCCACCAGAACAUCUUAAUUCGGUACCGGUGGACCCACCCCAUCAGAUACUAGACGAUCUACAGAGCCGACAUUUCAACGAACUGCUAACACAGUGGUCAGCGCAGCUUCCAAGCUCUUCAGAUAUUCCCACUCUAUGGUCUUAUUCUCUCACAAUGGCAAGGGUAUUGUAUGGAGACAUGUUUUAG